AUGUCGAGCAAAGCGGCAUUGAAAGCCGUGCGAGCAGCUUUGGAAUCGAAAGAUUACCAAACUGCUGCUGAAAAGGCCAAGGAGCUUAUCAAGAGCGAGCCGAAUAAUUACCACGCGAAUGUCUUCCUCGGUCUCGCCAGCGAUCGAUUGAAUAAGAAUAAUGAAGCGGAGGACGCUUAUUCCGCUGCGACCAGUAUCAACCCCAACGAUAAAACGGCUUGGCAGGGCUUGAUCUCCCUGUAUGAGAAACAGGGUGACUGCAACGAUGAUGGUUAUCACAAGGCAGUCAUUGCUCUCGGAAAGAUAUUCUCCGACAACGACGAGCAAGAACGCUGCCAAGAUCUGAUUAACAAAUACACGAAGUCGAUGAAGAACAGAGGGACCUCUCAACACAAGCAUGCAUUGGAACUUCAGAUACCGGGCUCACCCCUGUACGAUUUUCUUGAGGGGCGGUUGCCCCGUCCAUCCCAAACAUACCAGCGAUUGAUCGAGAUUACCGAGCGUCAAGAAAGGGAGUUUAUCAAUCGUGAGAUUGGAGAGCGCCGAACGCGUCUUGGUGCUCGCAUCGAACAAGUCACCCAGGAAGUUCGGAGGGAAGCAGCGAACAAGAGCCGAUUGGACCAAUUUUACCAAGGAAUGAUUGAUUGGACCAACGACGAUACAGUACGCCGUCAAUACGAGGAGAAGUUGUUUCAGCGUGCAUAUGAGGAACUCGGAGUUCUGCCUGACGCCGAGAAGGGGGCGAAGAGAGCAGCCGUUUUUAAGGCAGCACAUGACAUGGUAAUCAUAAAACAUCCGUUCGAACCUGCAUGGAAAGUUUUUCUGGGGUGGCAAGAUGUUCAGGAUCUCUUCCAGUAUGACGUUGGCCAUCUGCGCGAGUACAUUGAGUUCUUUCCAGAAUCUGGGCUCUCCCAGGUUCUCAAAGGAUUCUUAUUGAGCGAACUAUCGCCAUUUCCCAAGGAGCCCACGGACGAAACAAAAGGCAAGGAUGGCAAGGAAAUCACAGCCAAUCAACCCGAUAAUGAAAACGAUGACGAUGCAACUGUUACCCAAGACCCUCUCGUACUUAUGGUCGAGGGCUUGGAUUCCGCUCGCGAUUCAAUUCUUGCCCACCGCAUAAUGGCAGAUGUCUACCUCUCUUUCGAAGAGUAUGAGAGCGUGGUCAAUGUUGCUCGUAAGGGGCUACUGUAUAUCGAGAACUUGAUAAAGUACAGUGGAGUCAAGAUCCCCAACACCAUUGAUGCCUUGAACAACGCACUUGCCAAUGCCAUGAUUUAUUAUCAAUCCCCCCGGUAUCACGCAGAUGCGAAAAAAAUCUUUGAGGGCAUCCUUGAACGGAACCCAACCUCGUCCAAUUGCCUACUUGGGAUUGGUCUGAUUUUGAAAGAGGAUCAGGACUACGCAGAAGCUGUCAACUUCCUGCGGCGAUCACUUGCACGCGAUUCUUCUAACCUCAAGAUUCGUGGAGAGCUUGCUUGGUGUGAGGCAUUGCAUGGUGACCUUGAAGGUGGCCUAGCCAGUCUUCAGGCUACGCUUGAGGAUCUAAAAGAAGCUCAACCGGACAACAGAGAGUUCAAAUCUGAGCUUCUUUACCGCAUUGGUUACUGCCAGUGGGAGCUUGAUCCGUCCCCAGCUGCCCGCAAAGAUCGCAGUGGUGCUUAUGCUAGCCUCUUUGCUUCCAUUCAGGCGAAUAUGAACUUCGCUCCAGCAUAUACCAUUCUUGGUUUCUACUACGCAGACUACAAGAAAGAUAAGAUCAGAGCUCGUAGAUGCUUUCACAAGGCUUUUGAACUGUCAACCUCUGAGAUUGAAGCCGCCGAGCGUCUUGCUAGGGGCUUUGCUGACUCGAAGGAAUGGGACCUUGUCGAAGCAAUUGCGCAGCGAGUGGUUGACUCCGGCAAGGCUAGGCCUUCCCCUGGGUCAAAACGCCGAGGGUUUAGCUGGCCAUAUGCGGCAUUGGGUUCGGUUCAGGUCAACAAACAGCAAUACAGCAAAAGUAUUGUGUCCUUCCAAGCAGCGCUUCGACUCAAGCCAACAGAUUAUCACUCAUGGGUCGGUCUUGCCGAGAGCUACCACCACUCUGGUCGAUACAACGCCGCCACCAAGGCCUUUGAGCAAGCAAAGCUAUUGGAGCCAGAGCUUUCAGCUAAAGACCAGGAAUAUGUAUGGUUUGCAAGGUAUAUGCUGGCAAACGUCAGGCGAGAGCUUGGUCAGUACGAUGACGCUAUCGCUGCCUACGAAGAUGUCCUGAAAUCUCGGCCUGGUGACAUUGGUGUGACUCUCGCACUUCUUCAGACCUUGACCGAGAGUUCGACGAAGAGCCUUGGCCUAGGUCUCUUCAAUGAUGCAGCGGAGCUCGCAUACCAAUCUAUUUCGGUGGCCACCUCCCUGGUGCAGAUUAAAAGCGACAUUUUCAACUUUUGGAAGGCUGUAGGCGAUGCCUUCUCCAACUUCUCAUACAUGAAAGCUAAGGCUGGAAAGCUAUCUGCUCCCAGCUGCAAGGCUUUACUGGCAGUCGAUCUGGACCCUAUGGCCCUUGAUGUCAUGACCGAUGUUGAUGGUGUCGGAACUGAUUGGCUCGCAGCCAAUGAAAGCGAAGAGUCGAUGCCAGCUGAAUUCUACGUUCACUUAUCCAUAAUCGCAUUUAAACGUGCGCUGCAUAUUUCUGCGCAUGAUGCUCAUUCUCAAGCAGUUGCCUGGUACAACCUUGGUUGGGCUGAAUAUUUGGCCUAUCGCACUGUGCAGCCGGAUCCAACCAAGAAAGGUAAGAAGUCUCGCAAGUUCCUGAAAGCAGCCAUGCGGUGCUUCAAGAGAGCAAUCGAAUUGGAGGCGAGCAAUUCCGAUUUCUGGAACGCAUUGGGUGUUGUCACUGCAAGCAUGAGUCCCAAAGUCUCCCAACAUGCAUUUGUGCGAAGUUUGCAUUUGAAUGAACGCAACGCGCAAGUUUGGACAAACCUCGGAGCACUAUACCUCCUCCACGAAGAAGGCCACCAAUCAUACAAGACGUUCUUGCGAGCGCAGGCCACCGACCCAGACUAUUCAUUGGCUUGGGUCGGCCAAGGCUUCGUAUCACUUAUUGUUCGCGAGACACAGGAGGCGAGGGGUUACUUCGAGCAUGCCUUUGACAUCUCAAACUCAUCCGAUAUUCUCACUAAACGCCAGUUCAGUCUGACCCACUUUGAUCAUCUGAAUGCGGCCUCUUCAUCUAAUGUGUCCGAACUCAUUCAGCCAUUCUUCGCACUGCACCAACUCUGCAUCCAGGAUCCGUCAAACCUGCCGUUUGUGCACCUUUCUGCUCUGUUGGCAGAGAGAAUGGGCGAGACCGCAGAUGCCGAGUCUAGCCUGGAGGUUGUCUGUGCAGGCAUGGAAGACGAGUUUGAAAAGACAGAGUCCCCAGCUUCCCUUUCGAGGUAUUCCCAAGCAAACGCAGAUAUGGCUCGUGUCCUCCUUGCACGCCAUUCAUAUGAAAAGGCAGCAGAGAAGGCCGAGCUCGCGCUUACCCUCUCUGGGGAGGAAGACGCGGAGAAAUUCGAUCCCGAAGCCUGCAAGAAGCUUCGUCUGUCUGCGCAUCUGACAGCUGGUCUAGCAUAUUACAACCUGAAGUCUAUGGACCAAGCCAUCGAUAUGUUCCGCGAUGCCCUCGAAGAGGCAGACAAUGCUCCAGAUGUUGUCUGUCUUCUUGCCCAGGUCCUGUGGGCCAAGGGUGGUGAGGAAAACCGGUCUGUUGCUCGGGAGCAACUGCUUGACUGUGUGAUGAACCACCCUACUCACAUCGGAGCAGUCACCCUUUUGGGUGCCAUCGCUCUCCUCGAUGCGGACCGGGACGCUAUUGAAGCAGUUGAAUCAGACCUUAACAGCAUGAUCUCGCGUGAUGACAUCGAUCUCCACGACCGAGCUAAAAUCAUCAAACUCCUGAGUGCCAUCUCAGCAACGGGACUCAACGAUAAUGCAGCCGUUCCCGAAAGCAUCAGGCGCAUUGGUGAUGCCACUGCUGCCGUGAUGCUUACACCGGGCCAACCUGCCGGGUGGAUGGAGUUGUCGGCAGCAUCGCGAAACCCGUACGCAGCCGCCAUGACUAUCAAACGCGCUCUGCGGAGCGUGCCUCCUUACGGUAAUCUCGGGGCUGAGGACCUCAGUCAAGCCUACUCGCAAACCGGCAAGGUCGGUGACGCCUUCCGAGCGAUCAUGAUUGCCCCGUGGAAACGCAAUGGAUGGGAGGAACUGAGCCACAAUGUGCCUACCCGGAACAUGUGGACACGCUGUACGGGCCAUAAAUCAGAGGAAUCGGACGACGACAAACCUCUCCUGCCAUGGAAGCGCCGCACAGGCCAUGGACCUGAGUAG